AUGAAACAAACAGAUCAAAGUUAUAGGGACACUACAUUUUUACGAAAUAAAAUUAAUGAGUUUAUGGCAGAUAUAAGAAAUUUAUCGGAUCAGUUAGUAAAUAAAACAAUUGAGGUAGAUCAUAAAACACGAAUACAAGAUUCAUAUUUGUUAUUGAAUUUAUUAUUAGGUCAGUAUGCAUUCGAGACCAAUUAUAUAUCGGAAAUGAUUAAUUUAGCAAGGGCAGGUCAAAUACAUGCGGGAGUUUUAUCUAUCGAGGCAUUACAUGAAAGCAUGAAAGAAAUUAAAUUAUCAUUACUUAAAGGCACAUCAUUACCGAUUGAUAUUGACAAUAUUGACCCAUAUAAUUUGUAUAAAUUAUCAGAGGUCAGUGUUGUGUAUCAAAAUCAAUUACUGAUGUUUAAUAUUAAAAUACCAUUGGUAGAUCAACAGAUAUAUAUAUCUAUGUGUCAAAUCUAUGACUCUUAA